GCGGGCAUGUGGAGGCUCCUCUUCUUGUGCGCCUGGGUGGGGUCUCUGGGCUCAGAGCUGGAGUCAGAGCCGGGCUCCAGCGGUGCAGAUGCCCGCCAGCUGCGGGCCCUUCACUGCCCCCCCUGCAGCAGGAUCCACUGCUCCCCCCGGCGGGCCCCGAGGCUCCGGUGUAGAGGGGGGGUCACCACAGGGGUCUGCGGCUGCUGCCCCGCCUGCGCCAGGACGGAGGGGGAGGCCUGCGGGGGGGCCUGGGACCACCUGGGGAAGUGUGACGACGGCCUGGUGUGCGAGCAGCAGGACUCAGACGCUGAUGCAGAGGCAGAGAGCAGCGGCACCUGCAGAACAGUGAUGGACCCGCCGGCCCCGGAGAGCUGUCACCCGGACUGCACUAGGGAGUUCUGCCAGGCCCACCCGUCCGCGCUCUGCUCCGCCAGGCUGGUGUCGGUGGGGAGCGGGGCCUGCCGGGGCUCCUGCCAGCACACCUCGUGCUCCAGCUGUCUCCUCCUGAGGUUCCCAGCGUGCACCUUCACCUGCGGCCCGGCCCAGUCCGGCUGCCUGCAGCGCUUCGGCAGGUGCGUGCACCAGCACGCCGAGUGCCACAAUGACCUGCAGAGUGAAACGGGGGGGCACUUUGUGUGUCUGGUCCCAGACUGCCCCCCCCACCCUGAGGUGGUUCACCCCAGAAGAGAAGAAACCGGGACAUCUCCUGGCUAGAGAGGUGGAAGAAAGGCAGCUAAUUGUGUUCAACUGGAAGAAACUUUACACAAUCUCGUUUAUAACGUCACCUGUACAUUUGUAAUUUAAACCUGAAUAAAAAGAUGUGAAACAAC